AUGCACCGUUUUCGAUCUUUUCGUCUUCGACCUUUACGUCUUGGAUCUUUUCGUCAUCGAUAUAUCUCUGUACUUGAUGAUUUCGCUGUGCGGACAGAAACUUUUCUGGAGAAUACGUUUCUGCGUAUUGUACAAUUAUCUCCACAUCAAAUCUUACAGCCAGUCCUCGACGAGAUGGAUCGCUUGCAGGAAGUUCUGCUACGAUUGGACGAGACCAGCUGCAGCAAGAUCAGGGCGAACGUGAAUGCUGCGGAUGAACUCAUAAAAGAGGCAGUUUGGGAAUUCGAAGACUUACUCGAGUCCCAUGUCUUCCCUCAGAUUCUUCCACAACUCGAAAGCGAGAGAGACAACUUGUCAUUCUCUGUAGUUAUGCUGGGUCUGAAACACCAUGUUGAUUGCUUCGUCAAGAUGGUGAAGAUGAUGGAGGAAGAGUACAUCAUUGAGGUAAAGAAUAUGGCUGAAGAAGAAGGUGAGCCUAUUUCCUCAAGAAUCUAUUUCGGUGGAAUCCAGUUAAAGAUGGUUGGAUUAUCUGAUUAUAUUGAAAACGCAAGAGAUUAUCUUCUUCAAGAAAAUAACAAGAACCCCUAUUGGAUUAGUGGGAUGGCGGGCAUUGGAAAGACAACUAUCGCAAAGCAUAUUUUUGAAGAUCCAUCGAUUCGUUGCCAUUUUGAGUUUCGAGCAUGGGUUGCAGUGGGCAGAAAAUGUGAAUCCAAUGAACUAUUACGAUGCGUUCUAGCUCAAGUGGAUCCCAACGCUUACCAAAUGCUUACCCAAGGAGAUGAUCACGAGAAGAAAUUAGUUGGACUCUUGAAACAAAGAUUGAAGGGUAAGAAAUGUCUCGUCGUGUUGGAUGAUGUUUGGGAGAAACAAGUAACAAAAUGCUUGAGAAAGAAAGAUAUUGUUGGAAGGAUUCGAUUAUUACUUACAAGUAGACUACAAAUAGUAUGCACAGCGAAGGAUGGGUUCCAAAGAGUGCGCUUGUUGAAUACAGAAGAAAGUAAUGAAUUACUUGGUGAGAAGGUGUUUGGGGAAGAGGGUUUCCCUCUUCAACUUGAGAAACUGGGAGAGGAGAUUGCGUGGAAAUGUGAAGGUCUUCCUCUUAUGAUCGUCACGGUUGCAAAGCUUCUAUCGAAAGCCGACAAGACCCCAGUAUACUGGACUGAGGUAGCAUACAAACAACACAACUCACUUUUCGAGGAUGCAUAUAAUCAAAUAUCAGAGGUACUUUUCCCAAGCUAUGACUAUUUACCUCAACAGUUAAAAAUGUGUUUCCUCUAUAUCGGAGCUUUCCGUCCAUAUACUAAUAUCAGUCCAAAGCUUAUCAAUCCUAUAUUGAGUGUUGAGGGGUUUCUUAUACUGAAUGGAGAAAAAAGUUUUGAAGGUGACUUGGAACAGCUUACUAAGUGGUAUCAUCUUGUUCUCGACAAAAGUAAUUCAUGGUACAUGGGUAGACAGUUUCGCGUGCAUUCUUGUUGGCAGCACUUGUGUAAGGUAGAAGCUAGUAGGAUCAAACAUAUGAUCAUUAUAAAGCGUGGAGUUCAGUCAUAUAUGCCUGUGCAAAUUUGGGACAUGCAAGAACUAGAGCAUCUUGAGAUACUGGGAAGAGACCUACCAGCCCCUGAUACUGACGAUGCUACCUUGAAGAAACUCACCUCACUUGUUGGUGUGAGUGCAAAUAGUUGUACAAGGGAAGUUCUCAAAAGAAUUCCUAAGUUAAAGCAUUUAGAAAUUCAUGUGGAGUUGAAGCCUUAUGAUGAUGAUGAUGAAAGAAACCCAUUGAGUUGCUUGGGUUAUAUCUCCCAACUCCAGAAUCUGGUGGAACUUCAAUAUUGGGUUAGGAAUCCCGAGAUAAAGUAUGAGUGUAAUACGAUUCCUCUUUCAAUGUUUCCGUCAAGUCUCAAGGUGUUAUUGUUGGUUGGGUUAGGGGGGUAUCCUUGGAAUUACAUGAAUGACAUUGGUUCGCUGCUGCCAAAUCUCGAGAUUCUCAAAUUAGAAUGCUAUGCAUUUCGAGGCCAAGAGUGGAAAAUAACAUCGGGGAGUUUUUUGAAACUUAUUGAACUUCAAAUUGACGACACUGAUUUGGUGCGAUGGAGACCUCAACGUGGAAGCUUCCUGAAGCUUCGCAGACUAAGCAUGUGGCAUUGCUACAAAUUACAACAGCUCGAUUGGCCGUAUGAUUGCUCUUGGAUAGAGGUCAUUGAUUUACUCGACUGCAAUCCUUUAGCUGUACGGCUUGUGCCAAUCAAUUAA